AUGCCGGAAAUGCAGAUGUCUGAUUAUAAGGUCAAUUAUACAAACCACUCUACUUACACGGACGGUUUGAACAAAAUACGUAAGCAGGGUUCACCUGCACGUAUUUUCACUAAUGUAUCACUUGAGAGAUUAAUAUUACCCGUAGAGGAGGAGUAUAAAUAUUGUGCUAGCUGUAGGCGCUACACAGCUCUGGAGAAUCGUCACUGCCAACAGUGCGGCAUUUGUCCAUCGAAGAACGGCAGCACAUAUAAACAUUGCCAAUUAUGUGGUAUAUGUGUGAAGCCGAGUUAUGUCCAUUGCCGUAACUGUCGUCGUUGUACACAAGUUGAAGGACAUAACUGUACGGAGUAUCAGACAAAGCAACGUUGCUGGAUUUGCAGACAGUCGGGACAUAUAGAGAAAAAUUGUGCCACAUGGCAAAAUAUUCGAAAUAAAAUGAUUUUGUUGAAUUACAACUCCAGAGAAACGGAAAAAGCAAUUGUUUGUUACAUUUGCGAUCAGAAGGGACACAAUGAACUAAAAUGUAAAGAACGUAUAAAGUAUUUUGAGGAAACUUCGUUUUGUGGUGAAGUACAACUCAAAUUGAAACUGUAAAUAAUAAGUCAUAAUAAAGUCAAGAAACUUCUAAGAAGCUAAUCUCAGGUAUGGAACUAUAACGAAAGAUUUAGUUACUAAUAGCAAAUAGUUUUUAA